GUUAUAGCAUUCAUCUGUGACUGGAUUGUAAUCCUGUUGAUGCUAUUAUGUCUGGCAUCAUCUAACUGGUUAACUGCCGACAAGUUUAGACAAGGACUUUGGGAACAUUGUGUGGAUGAAGAUGCCCCUUUGCCCCUUCCAUUUCAUCUGAAAGCCAAACCAGGUUGUUAUGCAGCACGUUCUGUUGUGUACAUCCAAGGAUCUGCUGCCUUGUGUGUGGUCACCCUUCUGUGUGACAUUGGUGCCACUGUGCUAACGGGAAUUGGACUUUGUAUCAAAGAACCUACUCGCAAGUACAAGUUGUAUCGUGUGGCACUGUAUGUUAUGAUUUGUGCAUUGUCUUGCAUUCUUAUUGCCUUGGUAGUCUAUCCAGCAUCUUUUGCAGCAGAAAUUGAAGAAAGUAAUCGCCAGGUGUGGGAGUUUGGAUGGGCAUACGGUGUCGGAUGGGGAGCAGCUAUAUUCCUUUUUGGUACCAUCAUCUUGUUAUUAUGUGACAAGGAAGCCGGAAAUAUGUUUUAUAUGCAGAAAACCAUCCACAAUGAAUCCAGGGCCUAG